CGGAGGGCGGAGGAAGCGUGGGAGGCCGGUUCCCGGUGACACCUCCAGGCCAGCAGCGCUGCCCGGCGGUGCCAUUGGCUGCCCCCAGCCCGGGGCUGGCACUGACCAGGGGUUAAAUGCCUGCCCAGCCACCCUGGCACGCACAGCCUGGAGCAUUCCAACACAGGCAGCCGACUCAUCCCAUCCCCAGCACCACAGGAGAGGCGGGCUCGCAUCACACCUUGAGCUGCAGGGACCACGACUGACAUGAGGGCUGCGUUCCUGGUGCUGCUUCUCUGGGCUGUGGCCUGUGCUCACCCUGUGCCUGGCCAUGAACCCACUCACCCCAGCACCCUGCAGGAGGAUACCACAAAUGAAGAUUACAUGGACAAGCUGGGCAACCACCUAGAUGGCAGAGAUGGCAGACAUCCUCCUGCUGGUCCAGAGACAGGGGACAAUGCCCUUGCCAGGGACCUGACGGGUGGGAAUGCUGUGGAUCAGGAACUGGGUGAGCUCAGAGGCCAAGACGUGGGAGGCCGAGUCGGGCAGGCUCAGCACGUGAACCAGGUGGACCACGAGGACACGGGCGCCCACAAUGGGAACGACCUUGGUUUCCUGGAGGCAGAUGCCCGUGACACCGAUGAUGGCAACAGAGACCACUACGGCGCCGGAGCCAACGCGUUUCCCUCGCACGGCGGCGGGUUCCUGGACGAGGAGGAUGACAGCGGGGACGACACCUUCGAUGCCAACGGGGAAGCGGAGAGGGGCGAAGGCCCCACCUACGUGGCUGGGGCUGAUGGGGCAGGGGAGCAGGAGCCCGAGGCCGGCCGUGGGGAUGGCGGGGCUGGCAGGGGGCACGGUGACAGCAGCAGCAGCAGCAGCAGCGAGAGCGGCGGGGUGGAUCACCGACGCUACAGGAGCUACGGCUUUGGGCGCGCCUACAGGCACGGAGGGGCCAGCAGCAGCAGCCAGGAGGAGGAGAGCUAUGACUUCCAGGAUGAAGCCAUGCAGGGGGAUGAUCCCUCUGUGUUUGACAGCCUGGGCAGCAGCUACAGGAUGCGCCACGCUGGGCCCCGUGCCCUGGGGAACAGCUGGGAGAGCGCCCAGGGGGUUGGGUCCCACCACUGGGAAGAGGGGGACAGCAGGUCCCCCGAGGUGGAGGAUGGUGACUCUGGAGAAGACAGCCCAUCCCUGGAGGACAACAGUCAGUCAGAAGAGCCUGUUGACAGCCAGUCAGAGGAAAAAAGCUCCAGUCACUCCAGGGAGGAUGGGGAUGGGGAUGGGGAGGACAGCCCUUCCAGGGAGGAUGAGGACAGCGAGUCCAGGCAGAGCACUGAUGAACAGUCAGAUGAAGAGCCACGGGAGACCCCAGAGGUGGUGAGAACCUUGAACGAGCACAGCAACAGCCAGACCUGGGAGGGGCAGGAGGACUGGGAUUCUGCUGAGGACAGGAGUGUGCUGUCCACACCUGACAGCGAGUCCAAGGAAGAGGAGGGUGAACUGAGCAAGUCCAGGGAAGACGAUGACGACCAGAGCCAGUCCCCAGAGGACACUGCGGAGAAGUCAGAGGAGGAUGACAAUGACUCUGUGCUGAGCACAUCAGCUGAGAGCCCAGAGUCCCCCGAGGAUGACAGCAGCCCAGAGGACAACACAGGUGAGGACAGCAGGUCCACAGAGAGCGACAACAGCGAGUCCCAGGAAGACGAUGGCGAUGCAGAGAGCCACUCCCAGGAGGAUGCCAGCCCCGAGUCCAGCAGCCAUGGGGAUGACAGCUCCCUGCAGAGCCUGGAGAGCGAGGGCCGCAAGCGGCGGCCGGGCGCCCUGCGCCACAGACCCGCUGCUGACUACGAUGACAAUGACUGCCAGGACGGGUACUGACCUGUGCCCAGUGCUCUGGGGGGUGUGGGGAAGGAGGGGUUAAUUUAUUUGCCAUAUAGCCUGGUUGACUUCUUCUCAAGAAGGUACUGUGGUUAAAAUGGGGUUGGGUUCGCCAGGGCCAGGCCUGGGCACGCCUGCACAGGGAGUGAAGGGAUUGCCAGGAGCGGGGAGAACACUGAACCACAGCAAGAAAAGGCAUUUUCUGUAUCACACUGGAGAGCAGCUGGGAGCUGUGGGUGCCAGCAGGGUGGUGCUGCCCACUUGCCCCAGGGGCACAGUGGUGGUUUGGCACUCCCAGGCAUGCUGGGCAGAAAGGUCCCUGUGUUCACCCCUUGUAUUUACCUAAACACAUCUGCCCAGACUCCAACUGGAGCUUUUCACUAACUCCACGUCCAGCACAUAAAAAGGAAAAGCUACAGCUGGUGUGCACACAUGGUACAUGGGGGCAGCAGGGUGUGAAGUACCACUUCAGGAUGGGAUGUAUGUAAUAAUUUCAUUAUUUUGUAAGAAAUGUACAGAAAACAUUAUACUGUGUCCUUUUUGCACUUGUAUUUCAAAGCUGAAAUGUACCCUGCUGAUUUCUUUAAUCACCAUUAAAACCACCAAACUCCAAUGUA